AUGCAGUGCACAGACCUUCCGGCGCGUCUCCCACUUCCCUCUCAGGACGCGCGGAGAACAACUUUCAAUUUUGGCACUUUCGACUUCACCAUUCACCAUCAUGGCUCCGUCGAAGGGCAAAGUCAAUGCAAGACCAAGGAUCAAUUUCAUGUCGAACCCAUCUUCGCCUUUUACGUCUUCUUUGCCUUCCACGUUCUAGCUGCUAUUCUCAGCCCGAUCCAGGACUGCGAUGAAGUCUUCAACUACUGGGAACCAACUCACUACCUCAACCACAAACAUGGAUUUCAGACCUGGGAAUACUCUCCAAAGUAUGCGAUCCGCUCCUGGACCUACAUCGCCCUCCAUGCGAUAGUAACCCCGCUUGCAAGACUGCUACCUCACCCCAGCACCUCCAAAAUGGCCGAAUUCUACCUGCUCAGAGUCUUCCUUGGAUUCGUAUGUGCCCUCUGCGAGACGAGACUCUUCUCCAAGGUAUCCUCCGUCUUGAACCCAAGGCUGGCCAUCAUGUACCUGCUGAUUACCGUCACCUCCCCUGGCAUGUAUCACGCCACCACUGCCUUCCUUCCAAGCAGCUUUGCCAUGUACUUCGUCAUGCUGGGCAUGGCUGCUUUUAUGGACUGGCGUGGAGGUCUGCGAACGGCGCAGGGAAUCUGGUGCCUGGGCGUCGGCGCCUGUCUAGGCUGGCCAUUUGCUGCAGCAAUGGCAGUUCCAUAUCUCCUCGAAGAGCUUCUACUUGCUUCGUUGAGCGACUUCCAAGGAAUGAGAGAUCUCUUCUGGCGAGUCGUGGACGGUGUGGUUCGUACCCUGCUCAUACUGGCCACUCAAGUCGGCAUUGACUGGUUCUUCUACAAAGAGCUGAAUCUGGUUCCGCUCAACAUCGUCUGGUACAACAUCUUCAGCAACAAGGGACCUGAGCUGUAUGGUACUGAGCCAUGGCACUUUUACCUGCGGAACCUCUUCCUCAACUUCCAUUUCUGGCUGCCAUUGGCCUUGCUUUCAAUGCCACUCUUACUUGCACAACACUUUCUACGAGCCAAAGGCGCUACCAAGACCAGCUACCUGCGUGGAAUUGUGUUCUUGACCCCGUUCUACCUUUGGCUGGCCAUCUUCACAGUCCAACCACACAAGGAGGAACGUUUCAUGUACCCAGCCUAUCCAGCAUUGGCUUUCAACGCUGCGAUCAGUCUGCACAUCAUUCUUGCGAAUCUAGGUUCGACAGAUCCAAAAGACCUCGUUAGCAAGAUCCCAGUUCAGCUUCGACUGCUCGCGAUCUUGACGUUCGUUCUUACCGCAUCAGCAUUCGCGGCCUUCCGCACGAUUGGAACCAUCACAGCAUACGGUGCGCCAUUGUCAAUCUACACACCACUUCAUCAACACGGAUUAGCCAAAGCAGGCGACACAGUCUGCUUAGGCAAGGAAUGGUAUCGCUUUCCUUCGCAUUAUCACCUGCCACAUGAUGUUCGAGCAAAAUUCAUCAAAAGCGAGUUUACUGGCCUGCUUCCAGGCGAGUUUUCCGAAGCAAUCCAUGGCUUUGGGUUGUUUCCCGGUACAUGGCUCGUCCCACCUGGCAUGAACGACGAGAAUCGCGAGGACAUCGGGAAGUACACAGAUGUCAAGCGAUGUAAUUUCAUGAUUGAUGUGCAACUGCCGAGCACCGAGACGACCAAACUGGAACCAAGCUACAUCAACGACACUCAGAAUUGGGAGAAAGUGAAGUGCCUGCCAUACCUGGACGCUGCCUCGACGGGUAUUGUUGGCCGACUUGGUUGGGUGCCAGAUCUACCGUUCAUUCCAGCGAAGUACAAGCGCGUUUGGGGCGACUAUUGCCUGUUGAAGCCAUGGACCCCCUCCCCCUUCCGCCGCCCCAAAGCAACCCCCUACCCCAACUGGUCCAUCACAGAAACCAAACCCCUCCCCUACCGCCCCUUCCGCCACGGGCCUUACCACAUCACCAUGGGCCUCCGCAGCAUGCCGUGGGACUCGUGGAUCGAACUCGACAACCAAUACCCCAAAUUCCACGCCGCCAAAGCCGCCCGCAUCGCCCAACGAGGCCCCCGCUGCUGCCGCACCGACCCGGACCCCGUGGUCCAAGACGGCGCGCUCGAACUCCUCGAAGAACUCGCCGCCUACCUCCCCGAACGCUACCCGUCCAUGUUCACCAAAACCCCCGUCGGCAUCGACAACACCCUCACCUCCGCAUCUUUCGACAUCCGGAAGGACAAAUUAACUAUCAACGGCGUCCACGAAGACCCCAUCCAACUCUCCGCGCGCCUCAUCCAAGACGACCUCGCCAUCAUGUUCGAGCGCCCGGACGGCCAAUACUACCUCCUCAGCGGCGCGAUCCUGCUCGCCGGCUUCUGGCGCCUCGAAGACAAAUUCGGCAUGCCGCUCUCGGAAAUCCACACCUCCGGAAACGUGCCGGGGUAUAAAUCCAAACUCGAAAAGGGCAUGAUGAAUUUCUUCCGCCGCGUCCGGCCGGAGAGUCCCGUGUUGAGGAAUAAUUACUUCAUCCAGGUGGAUGAUGAUCUCGCGUGGAGCCAUUCGAUCGGCGGGGAGGAUGAUCCGGAUAUCUCGUGGUCGACGGCGGAAAAAAAUAAAGCCAUCGAACACCAUUAUUUCCGCUCGGAACGGCAGAGUCUAAGGCGACUGCCGCGGAGUGGCGGGGUGGUGUUUACGAUUAGGACGUAUUUCCACCCCGUGAAGGAGAUUGCUGAGGAGGCGUAUGUUCCGGGGAGGUUGGCGAGUGCGGUGAGGAGUUGGGGCGAGGAUGUGAGUAGAUAUAAGGGGAGGGAGAGGUAUGGGGAGGUGUUGUUGGGGUUUUUGGAUGCGAAGCAUCGGGAGCAGGUGGAGGGGGGGUUGGAUUUGGAGGGGGAGGAGGAGGCUAGACAGUAUCCUUGGUAG